AUGCGUAAAGUGGAUAACCCUAUCCUUCGUCGGAUGGGCGAAAAUCGGCCGACAUACGCCGCCGGAAUGGGCGAACCACGACCCGAACACGACGCGUCCUUCAAGGUCAGCGACACUGGCCGGGACUCGCCGUUCAGCCAAGUCAAGCGUCGGGCCGAAGCUCUGGCGAAGCUGAUGAGUGCUUGCCUCUUCAAAUACCAAAACUAUCCGGAUGAAGAGUUCGAAGGACUAUUCGCCCGAUACCGGGGGGAUGUGUUGAAGAGCAAUUUGGGGUCGGCAUUGUUCGUCCUGGAGUUCAUGUUAACGUCCAUGGCAGCGACGCAUGCGAUCUACGGCUCCUCGAUGAGCUGGUACGCCUUGAUCAACUGGGUCCUGUCGAUUGUGCUCCUGCCAGUGCUCGCAUUCCAAUCGACCAAAUACAUGACCGUGGAGCUGUUUGGAACCGCGUGUCUGAUGUUUAUGGCAGUUGCGUUUCUUUUCGUUUCGAACUCUCUUCCGCUCGGGUUUCUCCACAUCCCCCUGUACAAUUCAUCAGCUAGCCUUCAGAGCCCACAAUUUUCGGCCGCCGACGGAAUCUGGGAAAUCGCUCUGGUGCUUUACAUGUGCUUCAGUCUGAUGCCGUCCCAAGUGUUCCUUAUCUUGACCGUCGGCAUUUCGUUCGCCCUAAUACAUCUCGCCGUCGCCCUACACACAACCACUGUUCGGACAGAUCUUCUCGUGAAACAGCUGGUGUCAAAUGCUCUCAUCUUGAUAUGCAUCAACAUAAUUGGUAUGGUCAUCCAAGGAAUGCGGGAAAAAGCUCAAAGGAAGUCGUUCAUGGACACUCGAAACUGCGUGCAGGCCCGACUCGAUAUGGAAGAUGAAAACGAACGAAUCGAACGUAUCCUGUUGUCGUGUUUGCCGCAGCACGUUGCGUUGGAGAUGAAAGCGGAGCUCGUCAAUCCCACGGUUCCAGGACAGUUCCACAAGAUCUACAUCCAGCAGCAUGAAGACGUUUCGAUUCUCUUCGCUGACAUCGUCGGGUUCACUGUGCUGGCAUCGCAACUCUCAGCUCAGGAGCUCGUCCAACUGCUGAACGAACUUUUCGGGCGAUUUGAUCAGUUGGCAAAUGUGAAUCAUUGUUUGCGGAUAAAAAUUCUCGGCGAUUGCUAUUAUUGCGUUUCCGGCCUCCCUGAAAGAUCCGACCAUGCGCAAUGCGCUGUGAAUAUGGGUCUCGACAUGGUCGACGCUAUAAAAAAGGUAUCCGAUCUGACGGUCGAGGCGUCAGGAUGUGAGCUCAACAUGAGAGUAGGUAUUCACACGGGGCGCGUCAUGUGCGGCGUGUUAGGUUUACGAAAAUGGCAAUACGACGUUUGGUCGAACGACGUGACGCUUGCCAACCACAUGGAAGCCGGGGGAGUUCCAGGUCGGGUGCAUAUCACGUCAGAGACCCUCACGUGCCUGGCCGAUGAAUUCCAAGUUGAACCAGGUAGAGGCGAAGAUCGAAGUGCUUAUCUGCGAGAUCAUGGGGUGAAAACUUUUUUCAUCAUCCCGCCUCCGCAUCGUGCCAAAAAAGACAUAUUCAGUCAAUUACAGAAACACCGUGGAGCGAAGAAGCUAUCAUUCAAGAACGUUUCAAACGUCGUGGUGAAGCUUCUUCACACUAUUCGGUUUAGUAUGGAUGUUCCUUUCUCGAACCUGAACGGACCAACGACUCGGGAAUCAAGGACUCCGCAAACUGCGCGACAGCAGGGCGGUUUCGCGCAAGUGGUCAAUGGGCUGGCUCGACGCCAACCGGAAAGCUUCGCAGAUGUCGGCGCCUCCGACUUCCACGCUCGGUCCGAUCACAGCGACGCGGGUCAAACCGCUCAGAAUCCUCUCCUUCCAGGGACAACCAAAGUGAAAAAGAAUAAAAUUACUCGAUUGCGCGAAGCCUUCAGAAGAGGUUCAUCGCUCAGUAAUCAGCCAACGAGUCGGAUAAAUAGAUUCCUGUCGCAAGCUUUGAAUGCUCGUUCCAACGAGAAUGAAGGAUCGAACCACAUCAACCCCAUCACGCUCUGGUUCGACAAAUUCGAAAUGGAACGACGUUAUCAGCGGGACCGGGACCCGUGUCUAGUGAGCAGUCUGGUUGUGGCGUUGUGUAUUUCAAUUAUCCUGUCCUGCAUACAUCUCCUCAUACUCCCCGGGACAGUGCUACUCCUCAUUUUCUCCGUGGUAUCGAUAUCAUGGAUCAGCCUGCUCCUGAUUUUGAUAUUUGUUUCUCGCCUCGGUCUCCUGAAAUGUGGAUUUUUCAAACCGAUUUUCCGGCUUUUCGCUUCUGUGGUCGCCAUCAUGCUCAUCUACGGAACGAUCCAAUUCAACGUUCUGACGUGCUAUGCUGACACGGAAAGCUGUGGCAGUCUCUACGGAGGGACCACGAACGGAUCCACUUCUUCGAACGUCACGGAUAUGCCCACAGCUUCGGUCGAUUACAGGGUUUGUGCUUUACCCCAAUAUAUCUACCUGUCUGCUGUGCUCUGCAUGUUGAGUGUCGGCGUGUUCGUUCGUCUGCCGUUUCCUGUCAAAGCAAUCCUGACGACGAGCAUGGCUGUACUUUUCGCGUCGAUGAUGCAGACGACGCAACGGGAUCUCUUUACAUGCUAUGAUAAGCAAACCCAUCCAAAUGUCCCCCUCAAUAUUGACGGAGUCUUGGCGAUCGUGACUGCCUGGCUGGCCGUUCUGUUCCAAGCCCGACAGGUCGAACGAUCACAGCGAUUGGACUUUCUCUGGAACGCGCAAGCCAACGACGAGAAACAAGGAAUGCACAAUCUCAAAGAAUCGAACAGAAGAAUCCUUUUCAAUUUGCUGCCAUCGCACGUCGCCAUACACUUUCUGAGAAAUCACAAUCCAAGCAAUAUGGAGCUUUACCAUCAGUAUUACAAGGUCGCGGGAGUGAUGUUUGCGUCCAUUCCGAACUACGCCGAUUUCUACAUGGAACUAGACGGAAACAGACUGGGAAUGGAGUGUUUACGACUGCUCAACGAAAUCAUCGCCGAGUUUGACCUUCUGCUCGACGACGAUCGCUUCAUUUGCGUCGAGAAAAUCAAGACGAUCGGCUCAACGUUCAUGUGCGCCGUGGGUCUCAAGCCCGAGUAUCAAAUCCAGGGCAACACGAGCUCGGCGGCGAGUCAUAUGGCAAUUCUGGCUGAGCUCUACUUCGCCAUGGAGGAACGGCUGAAAGAUAUCAACGACAACUCCUACAACACCUUCAUGCUGCGAGUGGGUAUCAACAUCGGCCCGGUCGUGGCCGGAGUUAUCGGAGCCCGAAAACCCCAAUACGACAUCUGGGGCAACACCGUGAACGUGGCAUCCCGUAUGGAGUCGACCGGCAAGUUGAAAAACUGCCAAGUCACCGAAGACGUCUACCAGCUGCUCAAGGACCAGUACGACUUCGAAUGCCGCGGGGAAAUCGAAGUUAAAGGCAAGGGCAAGAUGAAGACCUACUUUUUGCAACGCAAGCUCACUCACGACGAAUUGACGAGCAAUCAAUACUCGGAGCCCGCCGAGCCCAUGUACUCGACCGUGUACGGUGAGCUCGAGCCCAGACCUGCUUCAUCGGGCUCGUAUGAAGAGCCGCUACCGUCGACAUCAGCUUCCAACGCUACCGCCGCCCAACCGAUACCAAACUUCCUCUGGGGGAACAACAGUGGUUGCGAGACCUCCGUGUUCCCCGUGAGGCAGACCAUGAAAACCAGGCGCCAGAGUAGCGUAUUGCAGACCAUCGUAGACGAGGAAUCGGACGGGGACGGCGAAGCCGGUCCAUCAUACGCAGCUCCGGCUCCCAUCAUUGUUAAAGGCAGCAGAAACACUUCAACGCCUCCACGGUCUUUCGUCGAGAAGAAGUCUCCUUCAGUGGAGUUUAGGGUGAGACAAGAAGAGGAAUCUCCAGGCCGUCGCGUCAGUGAGAUCUCGAUAGAGAUUACACCAGCGUGUAGUUUUGACGCUGCAACGUCCCGGUCGGUCGACUCCCAGGAUGAAGAUACUCGUUCGGAAAUGAGCGCUAAUGAGGGUUCCUUGGGAGAGUUGCUGUGCGACAGUCCAUCGGCCUUGCAGUGGGUCUAUCCUGAAAUGAUACAGGAGAGUACAAACAAUGAUUCCCAAGCGAAACGGCAUUCAUCGUCUGCAGCCCUCGCGGCGAGUUGUUCAGAGACUUCGUUCACGACUCGUUCCCCUGUCAUAAGCAGAUCUCAGCUUAAAUCUCCGCUAGAAUGGAGUGAGCAAUCACGACAGGCCGAAGUUGUGAAACUUAGCCCAACUAGAUCGAACGCCAGCGACGUCACGUACGAUGACGGCUCGAUGCGUAUCCAUCCUCGGGCGGCAAAACACCGUUUCGACGACGACGGGAAUAGAAUGGCCUUCGCGUCGUUCAGCCCUCCCGGAUCUAGGUCGUCGAGAUCUGCCAGUUUGAAGAGCUCCUGCGCGGCUCGGUCUGGAGACGAAACUCAAACAGCGUUGCCUCUCUUCAGACAAGCGUCGCUCCCUGUUCCCGCAGCUACUUCGUCGAUUCGUCCGUCAAAACUUCUACGGCGCGCCCAACAAGCGUCGUGUGACUCCACCGCGCCCCUUAUGAACUCGGAUCUUGAUUCGCAUUCCGAGUCUCUCUGGGACGACGAGAUCCGCUCUGAAGGAGGUAGUUCUAUGAUGGCUCUCGCGGGAGAGAACGAUUUCCCGGAGCUAGAAGAGGAAUCAUCCAGAGACGGCUGCAGUUCACGAAGUUCCAGACGCACAGAAGACUCCAUAGACUCCGAACACAGCCGACUUCUGAAUGACGACGAAGACUUCGUCUACGAUUCUGACGAGUUCGAAGCCGGCUUCAGCAAACUCCAAGGCGCAGAGGCGGCGAUGACCGAGAGCGAACAGGAUCUCUUGUACGAAAAAGAUGUCGGACAUUUCUUCGAAGGACAACCCUUCUUGAAAAAGCUCACUGAAACGCUGCAAAUGAAAGAGCAAAAUCCCCUGUCGAACGGGAGGAAGCAGUCGCCGAAAUCGAUGAGUGCCGCCCCGUCUGCUCCAAACAACGAGACGACCUGA